AAGAGUCACCAAAGUGCCAGCCCACACGGCACACCCAACUCUCUAUCUCCCACUCCUGAUUGUUGUCUCUGCGAAGUUUCUCUCUACAUGCAGAGAGUUGUCUCUCAAUCGAAAGGGUGAGAGAGAUGCAAAUGAUCAAAAGAGCGUCAUCUGCCAUGGCUUCCAUUCCCUGCUCUAGGGUGAGGAGUGAGCUUUGUUUAAGGCCAGGUAUGAGACAACUUUGCCUCAGAAAAGGGCUUGUGUUUGGAUUUUUGCACUUGUUGUCAACACCUUUAAAAACUUUGCGUGGAGCUAGUCGAUCGCUGAGAGUUACUCAAUUUUGCAAUGUUUCGAGCAUGUCUUCCUCAUUGCAAAUCGAGUUGGUGCCAUGUCUCAGGGACAACUAUGCAUAUCUUAUACAUGAUAUGGAUACAGGCACAGUAGGAGUAGUUGAUCCUUCUGAGGCUGUACCUGUUAUAGAUGCUUUGAGUAGGAAAAACCGAAAUUUGACCUAUAUAUUGAAUACACAUCAUCAUCAUGACCACAUUGGUGGGAACGAGGAAUUGAAAGCUAGAUAUGGUGCGAAGGUUAUUGGUUCGGGAGUCGACAAGGAUAGGAUUCCCGGCAUUGAUAUGGUUUUAAAUGAUGGAGACAAGUGGAUGUUUGCUGGUCAUGAAGUGCUUGUAAUGGAUACUCCUGGUCACACUCGAGGUCAUAUUAGCUUCUACUUUUCUGGGCCGGGGUCAAUGUUCACAGGGGACACUUUGUUGAGCUUAUCUUGUGGAAGGCUUUUUGAAGGAACCCCUGAACAGAUGCUUGCUUCCCUCAGAAAAAUAAUUUCCUUGCCAGAUGAUACAAAAAUAUAUUGUGGUCAUGAAUAUACACUGAGCAAUUCAAAAUUUGCUUUGUCUGUAGAGCCCAAUAACCGAGCACUUCAGUCUUAUGCAGCCCAUGUAGCUCAACUUCGUAACAAGGGCUUGCCUACUAUUCCAACUACUCUGAAGAUGGAGAAGGCGUGUAAUCCAUUUCUUCGCACUUCAAGUAUAGAAAUUCGACAGUAUUUAGAUAUUCCCACAACGGCAAGUGAUGCAGAAGCCUUGGGGGCCAUUCGUCGGGCAAAAGAUAGUUUUUAACUCCCUAUUGAAACCUUGGUUGUACAGGAGAGGAGAGGCAAGCACAUCCACAUUCUGGACAUGCCAAUGUUCACAAUGUCAAUAUAUUUUAGAUAAUUCAAAGUUGUUCUUGAAAUGUUUCAUGUUAAUUUUCCAUGUUACAAAGUAAUCGCUUUAUAUUUUGUCAAUAACAAAUGCUUCGUGGUAAAUCUUCUUGUUCAUUUCUUUUGGCAAGAGAACUGUUUUCUUUUAUCCGACAUCUGUAGUAACUUAAUGUAUUCUGACAUUUGUAAA